AUGCUCACUAAGGAGGAAGGGCCGAACGAAUUUGGCAAUAAAUUGUACACCUUUAACAGCACCUACACCCUCGAGUUGCCCCAACACUACACGGUAUUGGAGGUGAUCGGUCGUGGUGCCUACGGCCUUGUGUGCAGUGCGGUCAACUCCACCACCGACGAGUAUGUGGCCAUCAAGAAGAUCAAAAACGUCUUCGAGUCCGCGGUCGAGUGCCGGCGCAUUCUACGAGAAGUCAAAAUCAUGACCUUCCUGUCACACCCAAACAUCCUCGGUGUGAAGGACAUUUUCACCCCUGCGAGGCCACGGGCCUUUACCGACCUCUACGUCGUGUCGGAGCUGAUGAAGCAGGACCUGCAGUCCUUGUUGCGCGCCCCACGCACCCGUCUCGCGGCGGGCCACUGCCAGUACCUCACCCUGCAGCUCCUCUUCGCCCUGCGCUACCUGCACAGCGCGGGGGUGUUACAUCGCGACCUGAAGCCUAGUAACCUCCUCGUGGACGCCGACUGCAACCUGCGGCUGUGUGACUUCGGGCUCGCACGGGAGGUCGGGGAGGAGAUGACGGCCUACGUCGUGACACGGUGGUACCGCCCGCCGGAGCUGCUCCUGGGCUGCCAGGAGUACAACUAUGGGGUGGAUCUGUGGAGUGUGGGGUGUCUGGCGGUGGAGAUGAUCACCGGCGCGCCACUGUUCCGCGGUAAUGACUAUAUCCACCAGCUCACCUUGAUCGCGAAGCUCCUCGGCCCGCCCGACUUCGCGCGCGAACUUCCCAACACCUCUUCGGGCGCACGGGAGUUCGUGACGGGACUGUCGAAACAAAAGCGCCACACUCUGCAGGAGGUUCUUCCGGAGCUGCGCUGCCGUUUUUUCGACACCGUCUUUUUUGACAGCUUCGAAAAUGACGAUGAAAUGGCUGACAAACAGAACGCAUUGUCGCCAAAUGAGUAUUAUGAACUGUUCGAUGACUUUGUUAUGGGGUUACUGAAGUAUAAACCGAGUGCCCGCUUAACGGCAAGCGAUGCCAUCAUGCAUCCAUGGCUAUCGGAUAUACGAGAUGAGAGGCCCGAGUGGGAGGGCUUCAAAACCACCGUACAGUUUAAGCCGAACUACGACAGCUAUGGUCAAUUAUCUAUUGAACAGCUUCGGAAUCUUUUUAUUGACGAAAUCAAAAAAUUCCACAACCUCAACAAGAACAACAACUAG